AUGUCUAUUACUACUUCAUGCUUAAUAACUAGCAACGCUGCUUGCCGCAAACGAAAGAGAUCGUUGGGCUCACAUGUCCGUUUUUCUACUCAACCACAAAGUAUUAUCUACACCUACUCACAGUCAGAUUAUGAUCGCAGUGGGUUAUCAUCGCCCGAGAUCCAAACACAGCAUGACAAGCAGAAAUUCAUACUAGCAUUAGCCAUCAAUUUUGUCGGUUCUGUCGCUUCUCCUCCAUCUCCACCAGCAGAGCAACCAGCAUUCGUCAAAAAAUCAAAGAACAAGAGACCCAAACUCUCAAUUGAUACAACCAACUUGCAAGGCCCUCUAUAUUUUACAAAUAUGACAACAAAUCAUCAAAAGAAAGCAUUAGCAUCACCGCCAUCACCAGUGGAGGGAGUUGACGAACUUGAAGAACUUGAUAUCAUUACCAAAGAGAAUACUCGAAGAAACAGCUUGCCGCUGGUAUUGUAA